UGAUUGGCAGGGCAUGGGAAAGUCGCUUGCACGCAUAUUUCUUCAUCCGUACGUGUGAAUAAUAAUAAUAAUAAUAAUGAUAGAAGGAAGAAGGAAGAGGCAAAGGGCAAUUCAGUAAAAGUAGACUGUGCAGUAGAAUUUCGCGUGGAGUGAGGGAAAAGGCGGGGUUUUACUUUUUUAGCUUUUAUCGUCUUUAGAUCAAGUAUGUUGGCUGCUCAGAAGUCUCAGAAUUUACACAUACAACCAAAAAUAUAAUAACAACAACAAAAUAGAAUUAAAAAAAAAAAAAAGAAAAUAGAUAGGUUAAUUAGGAAAGGUCUUGGAUUCUUCGUUGGUCAUUGGGCGGCCCCAUUAAAGCCCCGAAGUUGCUUCAAUUUACGGGUUUUGGCCAAUCUUCGAAAAGAGAAGUUUGUUAGAAGCUAAGGACAGGAGAGAAGAAAGUUUGGGAGAGAAAGAAUUUUACAGGAGGAAAAAAAGAGCCAAAAAAAAAAAAAAAAAAAAAAAACGAAAGGAGUUUUCCAAGUUUCCAUGUUACAAGAUCCUUGCUUUCCAGUUUUAACGGUUUCCAAGUUAUCUGAGUAUCGGACGUCGAUUUUGGAUUCCUUGUUUCACCGGAAGAGAUAGUUUAGAUCGGAGGUCAAGAUUUUGUGCUUGGAAAUUUCCUAUCUUCGUCUUUUAAUAUUAUUAUUAUUUAUUUUUCCGGGAGUUUUCUAGUUUGGGAUUUUAAUUAUUUCAACGAAGCAGAGGUGGAUGGAGUCUGUAAUUUAGUGAAGGGGGUGGAGGGGCUGGGUUUUGUGGCGGAGCAGGUGUUUAGUUUGGGAUUGUAAUAUAAAAAAAUAAAAUGGAAGAGGUGGCGCAAGUGGCCUCUCCAAUUUUCAUCCAUCAAACACUUUCAAGUCGGUACUGCGAUGCCCCAGCCAUGGCGAGGAAGCGCGAUCUCCUUUAUCAGACCCCCAAUUUCCAGCAGCAGCGCUUUGCAAACCCUGGCGACAGCUGGAGCCCUAAAGUCUGGGAGUGGGACAGUUUGAGGUUCCUCGCGAAACCUGUAGACGCCGAGGCUCUGCGUCUAGGUUCGUCAACAGCAGCUACACCUGAGCAGAAGAAGAGAGGAGAGGUGUCGUCAGGCUCAGGCUCAGGCUCAGGCUCAACCUUGAAGAAGAACUCCGCUGGAGAAGACGAUGAUAGCCUUCGCCUGAAUCUGGGAGGCGGUUUGGCUUGCGUAGAGGAACCUGUUUCCAGGCCCAACAAAAGGGUCCGUUCCGGAUCUCCCGGCGCUACUUAUCCCAUGUGCCAGGUAGAUAACUGCAAGGAAGAUCUUUCAAAUGCAAAAGACUAUCAUCGCCGACAUAAGGUGUGUGAGCUUCAUAGUAAAUCCACUAAAGCUCUCGUUGCCAAGCAGAUGCAGAGGUUUUGCCAGCAGUGCAGCAGGUUUCACCCCCUUACUGAGUUUGACGAAGGGAAGAGAAGUUGUAGACGUAGACUUGCAGGGCAUAACCGCAGAAGAAGAAAAACCCAACCAGAGGAUGUUACCUCUCGGCUUGUACUUCCGGGUGAACGAGAUAAUAAAAGCAAUGGCCAUUUAGAGCUUUUCAACCUCUUGGCAGCUGUAGCUCGUGCUCAAGGGAAAAAUGAGGACAAAAGCAUCAAUGCAUCGUUACCAGACCGAGAACAGCUCUUGCAGAUUCUUACUAAAAUAAACUCGUUACCUUUGCCCGUGGACCUUGCUGCGAAGUUACCUAAUUUAGGAUCUUUAAAUAGGAAACUUUCCGAACAGACUGCUUUGGAUCAUCAAGUCUUAUUGAAAGGAAGAUCAUCUCCUUCUACCAUGGACUUACUCACUGUUCUUUCAGCUACUCUUAAGUCGUCUGCUCCUGAUGCACUUCCUGUUGUAUCCCAAAGGAGCAGCCAGAGCAGUGACAGCGAGAAAACUAAGUUGAACUGUCCUGACCAGGCCACCUGUCCCAAUUUGCAGAAGAGACCUCAAGAGUUUCCUUCAGUUGGAGGAGAGAGAAGUAGUACUAGUUACCAGUCUCCCAUGGAAGACUCAGAUUGCCAGGUUCAAGAAACACGAGUUAAUUUACCAUUACAGCUCUUUGCCUCACCAUCUGAGAAUGACAGCAUGCCAAAAUUGGCAUCUUCUAGAAAGUAUUUCUCCUCUGACAGUAGUAAUCCCAUUGAAGAGAGGUCCCCUUCGUCUUCUCCGCCUGUUGUGCAAAAGCUGUUUCCAAUGCAGACUAUGGCAGAAGCGGUCAAGUCUGAGAAGACAUCAAUUGGCAGAGAGGUUAAUGCUACUGUUGACUCUAGCAGAAGUCACGGUUGUAACAUGCCUUUUGAUCUUUUUAGAGGCGCUGACACCGGUUCCAUUCAAAGUUUUCCCUAUCAAGCUGGGUACACUUCUUCUGGAUCAGACCAUUCGCCUUCUAGUUUGAAUUCUGAUGCCCAGGAUCGAACUGGGCGGAUAAUCUUCAAACUCUUUGACAAGGAUCCCAGUCAUUUUCCAGCGACUCUGCGGGCACAGAUAUAUAAUUGGCUUUCUAACAGUCCAUCAGAAAUGGAAAGCUACAUAAGGCCUGGUUGUGUGGUUCUAUCAAUUUAUGUGUCAAUGCCAUCUGUUGCUUGGGAACAACUUCAAGAAAACCUGCUCCAAAGUAUCAGUUCUUUGGUUCAAAGUUCAGAUUCUGAUUUUUGGAGAAAUGGAAGAUUUUUAGUUCAUGCUGGCAGGCACUUGGCAUCAUAUAAGGAUGGGAAGUUCCGCCUACGCAAAUCUUGGAGAACAUGGAAUUCCCCGGAGUUGAUUUCGGUAUCCCCUUUGGCUGUUGUGGGCGGGCAAGAAACUUCUCUUGUAUUAAAGGGACGAAAUCUUUCCAAUCUUGGCACUGAGAUUCAUUGCACCUGUAUGGGUGGUGGUUACACAUCAAAGAAAAUUAUGGGUUCAACCUAUCAUGGCACAAUGUAUGAGGAGAUAAACUUGGGUGGGUUUAGAGUUCAGGAUGCAUCUCCUGGUGUUCUUGGUCGCUUUUUCAUUGAGGUGGAAAAUGGUUUCAAGGGCAAUAGCUUUCCUGUGAUAGUUGCUGAUGCUUCUAUUUGUGAUGAGUUGAGAGUCCUCGAGUCAGUGUUUGAUGGGGAGGGUAAAUUAUGUGAUAUCAUCUCGGAGGACCAAAAUCAUGAUUAUGGGUCACCUAGGUCAAAGGAGGAAGCUAUCCACUUUCUGAAUGAACUUGGAUGGCUCUUUCAACGGAAGAGGACCUCAUCCCUGCUCAAUGGUCCUGACUACUCCCUAGGUCGUUUCAAAUUUUUACUUACAUUCUCUGUUGAAAGAAACUGUUCUGCUUUGGUCAAAACUGUUCUGGACAUACUGGUUGAAAGGAAUUUGCAUGAGACGGGAUUAUCAAGGGAGUCUGUUGAGAUGCUUACUGAGAUUCAGCCCUUGAAUCGGGCAGUAAAAAGGAGGUGCAGGAAGAUGGUGGACUUACUUGUCCAUUAUUUUGUUAUUGGCUCUGGUGAUACCUCUAAGAGAUACAUUUUUCCUCCAAAUAUUGCUGGACCUGGUGGAAUUACACCUUUACAUUUGGCUGCUUGUAUGUCGGGUUCAGAUGAUGUUGUUGAUGCCUUGACAAAUGACCCACAGGAGAUUGGAUUGAAUUGUUGGAAUAACCUCCUUGAUGCAAACAGGCAAUCUCCACAUGCUUAUGCUUUGAUGACCAACAAUCAAUCUUAUAACAAGUUGGUGACUCGUAAACUUGCCCACAGAAGGAAGGAUCAAGUUACUGUAACAAUUGAAAAUGAUACAAGCACUGAGUUGAAACAAGGUGGGAGAUCUUGUGCCAGGUGUGCGGUUGCGGCUACAAAAUACAGCAGGAGGGUUCCAGGUUCACAAGGUUUGCUGACGCGCCCUUACAUUCAUUCCAUGCUUGCGAUAGCUGCUGUCUGCGUCUGUGUUUGCCUGUUCUUGAGAGGAUCUCCAGACAUUGGCUUGGUUGCUCCAUUUAAAUGGGAGAACUUGGAUUUUGGCACAAUUUAGUCAUUAAUAUGAUAAUAAUUAUGGAUAAUCUAGAAGAGUGUAGCAAAGUUAUGGCUAACAAGGGGACCAUCAAGGCAUACCUUGUUAGCGACAUUCAGUUCCUCAAAUGGGAAAUGAUCAUGUAGAAGACCUGUUAAAGAUGGGACGUGGUGGAUGUGCAGCAGCUGCAUUGUGGAUGGAUGGGAGAUGAAACUGCAAUUUGGGUUGGUUUGGGUAUGGCUUUGGUUUGUCAUUCUGCAUGUUAUUCUUACAAGCAUAAGAUUUGGGAUAUCAUGGGUUAUGCCCUUUAAGCUCAUUUCUGUUGGAACAAAAUAGGUGAAUUUUUUCUUUUUGGUCUUUUGUUUUUGCCUUCCAAACGUGGACUCUGCAGCUGUUACAUAUCCUAUUACAUGUGAUAAUGGUUUGAUGAGAUGAAAUGGGAAGGGGCUGGGGGGGGGGGGGGGGGGGGGGGGGGGGGCGCCCUGAGAUUAAAAUCAUGUCAGUGUGGAUGCUUGCGGUGGAAUCAAUGGAAGACGGAGAUUGAAGAAAAAAAUGGAGAAGGCUGGCAUAAGCUCUGAUUCUGCUGUCAUUAACGUUAAUUUAUAUGUUUUUUUUUUUUUUUUCAAUUUUAUUUUUAUACCUUUUAUUUUUCCUUCAUAGUUCAUAAGUUAUUUGUGUAUUGAUUUCGUCACUGUAAAGUUGGUAAGGGGAUCAAUCACAGAAAUGACUGUGACCUAUAACUGAAUAGUGAAAUAUUUAUUUCAGGUAUAUUCAAAGAGGCAUGUAAUUUUCACCUUUA